CCAGAAGUCAAGAAUCUCGAUUCCCAUCUUCUCAAAGAACUAUGCAUCAAGCAAAUGGUGCCUCAACGAGCUCGUCAAGAUCGUCGAAUGCAGGAAAACCAUGAAUCAACUUGUCAUGCCCAUCUUCUACGAUGUUGAUCCCGCGGACGUCAGUCACCACACUGGGAGCUAUGCAGAGGCUCUUCAGGAACACAACAAGUGUUUCGAUCAGAGGAUCAUUGACGAGUGGAAAAAUGCUCUGAGAGAGGUUGGGGAAUUGAAGGGAUGGGUUUUGAAGAACAUCGAUGGAGGGAACGAAGAAGCAUUAGUAAAAUUAGUUGUUGCAACAAUUUCCAAUGAAUUGGAAAAAGAUUCCCUGAUUGUUUCUGAUGACCUACUUGGAAUCCAAUCUCAUGUAGAAAAAUUGAGAAACUUAUUGAACAUUAAACCAGAUGAUGUAAAGAUUGUGGGAGUGUGGGGGCUAGGUGGGAUUGGCAAGACAACUAUAGCCAAGGUCAUCUACAAUGAAAUUUCACAUCACUUUGAAGUAUGUAGUUUUCUUAAAAAUGUUCGAGAUACUUCACUUAUCGAUUUGCAAAAUCAACUUCUUUCUGAAAUAUUGAAAGGAGUAAGAUUCAACAUCACUAAUAAAGACACGGGAAUUUAAAUGAU